AAAUUCACCAAAGUGGCCAUUCUUUGGCUUGUAACCGAGCUUCCGGGUCGUGAUUGUCAUUCCAAAGGACACAUGUAGCGUUUCAGCCAGCGUCGAGGGCAGCAUGGGACGCGGCAGUUGGCGUCUAGAUACAGUGCAAGCCCCUGCCCGUUGUGUUUGAUUUGUUAACCGAAGCUACCAGGUGCCUUUCUGUUCGGAUGGAAACAAAUAGUUCCUUUCUUGACACUCUGUCGAUAGCUUCAUUUCCGAGGUUAAGGCUACGUUGACAGUCCUUCACUUUUGAUUUAUCAGUGUGCAUAUGUCCCUGCUCUAGUCUUGUCAAUUUUCAGUCUGGUCACUCAACUAGCGGCGAUUUCUAGAUCAAUUAAGCCUAGAAGCUCAAAUUCGGGAAGCUACCUUACUGUACGGUACUGUAAUCCUCUAGCUCGCCUCACCUGCCCCUCGUCAGCUUUCAGGUCCCCUGUUCGUUGGCUGCGUUUCAACGCCAAGGCUGCGUCUUGGACAACCAAGAAGCCCAUCCAAACCCAUGGAGACCCCUUUUCUGUGAAUGGGUGUACACCGACGAUCAGGACUGCCGAAGCACAAAGACACAUUUUGACACCUCACCUUCCAUGAUCGUGCGGUUCCUCAACUUAUUUUGAUCUCAUACAUAGGUACCGAACAGAUCGACCGCUGCAAGGACUAGCCAGCGUCUCACACCAAAGUCGCAUUCUUUCAACCACCAAGGCUGAACAAGAAGGCUGUACCACCAAAGUAUAUAUAAUCACAAAAACGAAAGAAUCCGAGGCAAUGGCCGCCCGCCCUACUCUUACCACACAUGGCUUGUCCAACUUGUCGCAGAGCUCAGAUGUAAACUCGCCAAAUGUCAACUCUCCCGCCGAAUCGCGCAAGCUGGCCAUGAGCAAGAUCCACAACACUUUGGGAGACAGGCCACUCCAGCACAUUUGGGCCGUCUGGUUCGACAGGAGCCAAAACAAGGAGAACCAGGCCAAGGAUGGCUCCUACCAGGUCCAGCUCGAGCAGCUCGGUGCCGAGAUCGCCAGUAUCCAGGACUUCUGGAGGUACUGGAACAACACGCCCGUCCAGUACAUCAAGAUGCGCGAGUCCAUCUACCUUUUCAAGAAGGGAUUCAAGCCCAUCUGGGAGGACCGCAGGAACAUACACGGAGGCAGCUGGACCUUCCGCGUGCCCAAGAACAUUGGCCCCGACGUUUGGAAGUUGGUGCAGCUUGUUGCGAUUGGCGAGGAGCUCCAGGACGCUCUAGAAACCGGCGACCAACUCUGCGGCGUAGGCCUCUCUGUCCGCUUCAACUCGCACCUCAUCUCCAUCUGGCACCGCGACUCGUCCAAGCAAAAGUCCAUCGAUGGCAUGGUCAAGGUCGUGCUCGACACCCUGCCCGCUGAGCUGCGACCCAAGCCCGACAACUACUUUUACAAGAAGCACUCGGACCACGCCGGCUUCAAGGCCCCGCCCGAGCUGCAGGCCGUCCUCGACUCGCAAAAGGCCCGCGACGCCGCCGCAGCCAAGACCGAGGGUACAGGCGGUGGUGGUGAGGCCUCGGAGAACCCCGUCCCCGAGAUCAAAGAGCCCGGUGCGGACAAGUGAAGCGCGGAUGAGGACAGGUGGUGAAUCUGUGUUGUGAUAUCAGAGGGGAUUAUAGAUUCUAAUUUCUAACAAAUCAUUGACCUGGAUAUUUUUUAAGGUUGCUGUUAAAGAGGGAAAUGUGCAAAGCGGGUGGGUGGCUCUUUUCUUUUUUUUCUUGGUAUAAGCCUCGUUUUUUACACAUGGGCAGGCCAGGCGAGGGUCGUUUGAACACUUGGCCAUCUCGACAAGGUUUAACGAUGUUUCCCGGGUGGCUGUUGGCGGUUGGUGACGGUUGCGGAUUCUGCGUCCUUCGACCACAGCGCAUACGAGUUGGAUUUUCUUUUGCUAUUUUUUGCAUACUGCCGGCGUUCCAUGGGAGUAUAUAUAUGUCGUGGCUCCUUACUCGAAGAGAUUGGGAGGAAUACCACAUCUUUGCAUACGUUACAUUGGAAUGUCUCUAGUUGAUCGAAUACUGAGCAAGACGUCCAGCUAGAAGCUGGGCCCAACGUGUACCUGGUCUGAGUGAGUUUGUUCUUGUCAGAUGCUUCUGCACAUAUUGCAUUAAGCAUACGUGCCAAAUCCUGGGUGCUUUAAAGAACGGCGAGAUUAAAGAUUUAGAAUUUGAUGGGUUGUUCAGUUACUGUAUAAAACUACACCAUCUACAUGUUGUUUCCGU